AAAGCGCACUCCAGGUUGGCUCAGGCACCGGUACGGGAGAACGGAGCGUUGUGCACGGCGGCAGCAUGGCUUCGUCUCACGGGAGAAGCGACAUGCGGUUUGCAGACUGGAUGGCAAGUUUACCGCAGAGCAUGCACACCAUUCCCCUCACCAACUUGGCUAUUCCCGGAUCCCAUGAUUCCUUUAGUUUCUACAUCGACGAGGCGUCUCCAGUGGGCCCUGAGCAGCCGGAGACGGUGCAGAACUUUGUUUCUGUUUUUGGCACAGUAGCCAAGAAGCUAAUGAGGAAGUGGUUAGCUACACAGACUAUGAACUUCAACAGCCAACUGGAGGCUGGGAUCCGCUUCUUUGACCUGCGCAUCUCCACCAAGCCCCGCGACCCCGACAACGAGCUGUUCUUCGCCCACGGGCUCUUCAGUGCCACGGUGAGAGAAGGUCUAGAGCAGAUCAGUAGUUUCCUGUCAGCUCACGCCAGAGAGGUUGUGUUCCUGGACUUCAACCACUUCUACGGCGUGCAGAACCUGCAUCAUGAAAAACUGGUGGCCAUGUUGAAAGAGGUGUUUGGGGAGAAACUCUGCCCAGUUGUCUUCGCUCAGGAGGUGACUCUGCAGUAUCUGUGGGAGAAAGAGUACCAGGUGCUUGUCUUCUACCACCACCCAAUGGCCCUGGAGGUGCCCUUCCUGUGGCCAGGCCAGAUGAUGCCCUCUCCCUGGGCCAACACCACAGACCCAGAGAAGCUGGUUCAGUUUCUCCAGGCAUCUGUCACUGACCGCAGGAGGAAGGGGACCUUCUUUGUCUCCCAGGUGGUUCUGACACCGAAGGCCAGCACUGUCAUGAAGGGCGUGGCCAGCGGACUGAGAGAGACAAUCACAGAAAGGGCCUUACCGGGCAUGAUGCAGUGGAUUAGAUCGCAGAGACCCGGGGAGAGUGGCAUCAACAUUAUCACAGCUGACUUUGUGGAGCUCGGAGAAUUCAUCAGUGCCGUCAUCACCCUCAACUAUCACCUGGAUGACGAAGAAGAUGACGCCACCUGAGAGCCUGCAGGAAGGCGUUGGGGAGCACAGUCACGACCGUCAGUGGUUUGGUCUGUGCUCACUCUUUUCUCUUCGGCAUUUUUUUCAGGAGGGGAGCUGCACUGCUCCUUUCACUUUAUUUAGGGCUAUAGUAAUGCGAGAUCAAAUGGCAAAAAAAAGGGGUUGAGGGAAGAGAAGUUGGGAUUAGGAGAAACAACACUAGUGUUUGGUUGGAGCACAAGGAGAAUGAUGUUUUGUUUGUUUCCAGUUUGGGAAUCAAUAUAGUUUUUUCCCAAGUGAGAUGUUAACUUCCUUUUCCUCCUGGGCUGUAAAAAUGCUUUUUCCACUGAUCAAAUGCACUGUUUUCUGUCUCGCCACUUUGCCAAGGGUAAAUUCCUCAGAGCAUAUCAACUUUCAGCUAAAUGUAUCAGUACAUCAUUUUAAUGGUAUUCUAGUGACGGUGACAUUUUUUUUUUUUUUUCGGAGGUUGAAAUAAGUCUGUGUAACUUAAACCACUCAAUUUUGUAGGCCGGUGUAAGUAGCUAGCAGUUGUUUGUCUUGUUUGGAAGUCUUUUUUUUUUCUUUUUCUAACAAUAUGCAUCCCUGAUCAGAUCACUGCGGGUGUUUCAAGCUGCUUGAAUGCGUUUGAUGUGUUUAAAAAGUGUUAUUACGUGUUUACUCAAUACAUAGACAAGAAAUUAACCAUUUCCUAUUUGUUUCUUCAGCAGUAUUCUCUCAAGGGAUGUUUUUUUUCUCCCAGUAAUAGUCUCCACUGAAGUCAGCCUGCAGCCUAGACAUUGAUGAGACACCUCUGCACAUUGCAUUGGUAAAUCAUUGAUUGAUUCAUUCAAAACCAUAGAGAAAUAGAGAGCAAGAGUGCAGCUUGGCCAGCCAAGAAAAUGCCACGUGUACUUUAUCUUUGGUGCAUCUAAACGAAACAACAAUUUUUCACAUUGUCAGUGUGUUUAAAAUCUCACAACAAGCAUCAACUGUCACUGCAAGGUAUGUUACAAAAAAUAUAGUUUGUUAAGAACAGCUAGAACUGCCAUCAAUGAUACUAGUAAUUUCUAAUGGUUAGGCAUCCAGUGUGACAAAUUUAUUAGGUUUUCUGGUGGGUGCAGAGUCAUGAUGAGCCAAGUAUAAAAAUACAGUACAUCUGGAUACAAGAGUGUGUCCAGUCUGCUGAAUGCUUUGCCCCUGUGCGUGCAUCUUUACUUACUGCUGUAGCGCAGUAUAUAUGAGUCAUCAUGAGAUGUAUCAUGGUGUUGUGUCCCAUUUUAUUUCAAGUCAGAAAAGGGUAGACAUCAUAAUUAGGAGUCAGGAGGUCUUGAUGUGACAGCAGUGCUUUGACACUUGGAAAAUACUUCAAUAAAUGUUUAUUAGGAUCUAGCUGUAGCUCUUUGGUGUCUACUUUAUUAGGUGUUUCAUGUUUCUGAAUGUUUCUGAAUCUCCAGAGUUCUCCUAUAUCAGUACUGGUGCAAUACAUUUAAAGCACUUUCAUUUAUGUUCAAUGCAUUUCUUUGUAUACCUCUUUGUAUACCCUGCAAUAUUUUAUUUAAGAUGGAAAAGCACUUUGAAAUGGCACCCAGAAAGGUAAUAGAAAUAUUUUUAUUGGAAGGUUUUACGCAUUAUGCAUGAAAAAAAAAAAUAAAAAUACUAGUCAAACAUCCACACACCUUAUGAUCAGUGUGGCGUUUUCUGCAGAGAAUGUAUUCUGUAAGGACAUUGUUGUCUAGUUUGGUAAUGUAAAACCAAAACAGGAAACUCAACUCUUUGGAUUUGUGAAUGUAUGUGUCUUGUGAGUAACUGUGCCAUUUCUAAAAGUCUCACGUGAUCGAGUGACUGAGUAUCGGCUAGAAAGUCAUUUUUGUAUUGUAUGCUUCAAUGUGGAAAUGAGUUAAAGUUUUAGAGUUCAAACAGUACUUCUUUCACUUCAGUGUAGUUUCAUGUUAAAAUGUUUUAUAUCGUGGGAAGUUUGUACAUACUGUAAUUGCAAAUAGUAUACUGCCUAUGAAUUGUAAAUUAUUUAAAUCAUUGCAAAGAGUCAUUGAUAAUCAUUUCUUAACUUAUACCUUAACUGGGCUAUCAUACAGCUUCUUGUUUUUCAUAUUUUCAGUUUUGUGCAUGAACCAAAAAGUUCUACGUAUACCUUUUGUUGUACAUCAACGAGGUCCAUUAGGUUUGUGCAUCUCUUCAGUUAUUUUCUGCAUAUUGUUCUUAAGAGCAUGGGUGCAUCUCAGCUGGAAGUGUUUUUACCCUUUAAGACAAAUCCACUAAUUAAUUUAUUUUUUUAAAUGUGCACCGCUACUGCCCCAUACAGAUUGAAAAUGAAACCACACAAAUGAGCAGACUUGAAGAGGCUUGCAAAUUGUGUUGUAAAGACAUUUGUGUCUCCCCUGUUCCAAACUGUUGUCAUUGCCUUUAUGUUCUGGUGUGAAAAGAGUCCUUUGCUGUUGUAAAAUUCAAAAACUUUUGUUCAAAUGAAAGUGACUCUGUUCUAAGUGGAAAAUGGCCAAUCAAAUAAAGC